AUGUCAGCGUUAACAGCAUUGAGAGUGACCCGUCCCCUGUUGCGUUUUCCUGCAGCAAGAGUCUCGUUAAACUUGUUUGCUCGUGGGUAUGCUUCCAAAUCAUGGCCCGAACAUACUGUCAUUGACAUGCCUGCUUUGUCGCCAACUAUGACGCAGGGUAAUAUUGUCAAAUGGCACAAAGCUGUAGGUGACCAAUUGGAACCUGGUGAAUCCAUUGCCGAGGUUGAGACUGAUAAAGCUUCGAUGGAUUUCGAAUUCCAAGAGGAUGGUUACUUGGCUAAAAUCUUACUUGGAGACGGAACUCAAGAAAUUCCUGUUGGAAAGCCAAUUGCUGUUUAUGUCGAAGACAAGGCUGAUGUUGAAGCCUUCGAAAGUUUCACUAUUGAAGACGCUGGUGCCCCAGCUGCUGCUGCUGCCCUAGCUAAGGAAGAACCAAAGGAAGAGCCAAAAGAGGCUGCCACACCAGCUCCUUCGAGUGAAGAAUCUAAAUCUGAGGCCAAACCUUCGUCUUCCAAACAACCUAGACCUGCUGGCAGCAGAAUUAUCGCUUCCCCUUUGGCUAAGACUAUCGCCUUAGAAAAGGGUAUCUCCCUCAAGGAAAUUACUGGUACCGGACCCAAUGGACGAAUUGUAGCUAAGGAUGUUGAAUCCUACAAGCCCAAGUCUACUGCUGCUCCCGCUGCCCCUGUUUCCUCUCCAGCUCCCUCCACAGCCACUGCUGCUUACCAGGAUAUUCCACUUACAAACAUGAGAAAGGUUAUUUCCAAGCGUUUGACAGAGUCUAAGCAAUCCGCCCCUAACUACAUCAUUUCCUCUUCUAUUUCAGUAUCCAAACUGUUGAAAUUGAGAGCAUCCUUGAACGCUUCUUCUAAUGACCGCUACAAAAUUUCUGUUAAUGAUUUACUGAUCAAGGCUAUUGCUGUUGCCUGUAAGAGAGUUCCUGAGGCCAAUGCCUAUUAUUUGGAGCAGGAAGGAGUUAUCCGCCAGUUUGAGAACGUUGAUGUUUCUGUUGCCGUUGCCACUCCAACGGGGUUAAUUACGCCAAUUGUUUUCAAUGCUGAUUCCAAGGGACUCGAGACUAUUUCCAAGACUGUGAAGGAUCUUGGUAAACGUGCAAAGGAGAACAAGUUGAAGCCUGAAGAAUUUCAAGGAGGAACUAUCACUAUCUCCAACCUUGGAAUGAACCCAUCCGUUUCCUUCUUUACCUCAAUCCUCAACCCACCACAGAGUGCUAUUAUUGCCAUUGGUACGACUGAGAAGAAGGCUGUUCCUGACAAGGGAAGUCCUCAUGGAUUUGUGUUUGACGAUGUUAUCCAAAUUACAGGAACCUUUGAUCACCGUACCGUAGACGGAGCCAAGGGUGGUGAGUGGGUGCGCGCCCUGAAACAGAUUGUUGAGAACCCCUUGGAGCUCCUUUUAUAA